AAGGGUCGCUAUACGUUGGUGAACUGUUGGAAGAUGAAGGAUAAAAUUGAGAGGAUGGGGCCAGGAUCAGGGAUGCUGUAUGACGCAGGAGGAGAGGAGAGGGUAGAAGUGAAUCAAUAA